AUGAUAUAUAGUUCUGGUGUAUUGGAGGUCGAGGCGUGGGUGGAGACUUUGGCGGAGUCGAAACGAUUCGCCGAGCACCGAGAGGCACCGAAGACGGACGUGGAAACAGGCAAGGCAGGCGGUCUGAUCGAGUCAUACCUAGAAUGCGAAGAGGGCAAGUCCUUCCGCGUCGAGUCCCGCUGUAAUCGUGCACCCAUAUCACGUCCAGACUUCCAAGUGAAACUACUGGUCGACGGGCGGAAGAUACCUGGCAGAGCUUGGAGGGCGAAGGACCAGGAGUCAGACAUCGGGAGGAUGUACGUCGACGACGGGGCAGGCGGAGGCGCCAAGAUUGCCGACCUGGUCUUUGCACCGCUAUCCAAGACCGAUGACGAGGACAAAGUUCAGGUCAGGGGCCCAGCAAUCGAUUGCCUCGGAAAGAUCGAGAUUGUCAUCCAGCAAGGCAGCUUCCGACCCAGCAAACCUCACGCAACGCCUACGAACACAUCCUCAGUGGGAUUUGUAAAUGAGAAGCUGCUGAAGCUAGGAUCAACUGUACAAGCUGCAAAUCUACGACCAGCUCACAAACGGCAUGCCCUGGACUUCACUCCGACCUUGCGCGAUCCUACUCUAUGCCGAUUCGUAUGGAAGUACCAUACUAGAGCGAAACUCGACAUCAUGGGUAUCACCGAGUCCGACAAUGUGCCUGCAGCGAUCGCGCCGGCUGCAUCAGCGCCUGUUCCCUCGCGCGUACUCGCACCACUCGCCAAUGGGACCGUCAAACGAGAGCUCUCCGACGACAAUCAAGAUGAUAUCGAAGUAAUCAAGCGGGUCAAGAAGGAGAAGACAGGCUUGGGGUCCGAGAUCAAACCUAUUGUGGUGUCCGAGUCCUGGAUUGAGCGCCUCGACGGCUCGCACCGUUUCCAUGAACACCAAGAGGUCUAUGGCCGGGAUGAGAAGAGCGGAAAGGCCGGCGCUCUCGGCCAUUGCCAUCUGGAGUGCGAAGAAGGAGCGAGCUUCCGAGUCAGAUUCAGGGUCUACCAGCGCUCUAGGAUCCCACGACAGUACGACAAUGACGCUCUACAGCUCGAUCUGGCUGUGGAUGGCAGACAGGUCGACGGCUUGACUGUGGGACCGCAAGAUCGGGCGCAUUGGGGCAACAACAUUCGAAUACAAUCCAUGUUCGUCCCGGGGGACGACGGAGAGAUACAGGAGGCCGACAUGACCUUUGCUCCUAUGCCCAAGACCGACGACAAGGAUCGUGUACAAAUUCAUGGUGCAGCACUCAAUGCGCUCAGCAAGAUUGAGGUGACGAUUACGCGGGGUACGUUGAUCUGGUCAGAUGAGGACGAGGAUGAAGAGGAUGAGGACGAGGAAGAUGAUCGCCAUUUCCUAUCGACUCAAGGCCGACUGGGGCCGUGCCUCGAAGACGAAUUGAAACUUGGUUCGGUCGUAGAAGCAACCAAUCUGAGACCAUACGUGGACGCCCUGUCAGCGACGUUCUAUGCGGACCAAGAACAUGCAGAUGUUUGCCGCUUCGUCUUCAAGUAUCAUACACGAGCAGAAUUGGGCUUACUCGGCAUCAUCGGUGAUGCACCGCGACCCGCUAGAUCCAUGCGCCCCAGGAAGGUCGUACGAAAGACUCCCAUGACCGAGCCGAAAUACGAGGAUGAGGACGAGGACGAGGACGAGGAUGAGGACUGCAAGCCAGGACCGAGCAAGAGGGCACAGGGAGAAGCAAAGCGGGAGGCAGCUCGAUGA